GACCACCAUACCCGGCCUUGAUGUUGUUUAGAAAAGCUUUGGACACGCUAGCAUCAUCGCUACCAGCAGGUCGUUGAGGUUCUUCGCCUACAGGUGGAGGACGACCCCCGGUAGCCGCACCGGGCUCACUAGUAAGCAAAGUCCAAAGAGCUCUAGACACAAGCACAGGAUCCAGAGGAGGUGCUGCCGUCACAAUUCCAGUUCGUUCAACAGCAGCAAUGGCUUGAUCUAUAACGCCUUGUACAACGAUGAUAGCGUCUUGCACUGGCAUAAGAACGUUGGGAGUGGGUGGUAACGUGUUCAUUAGCAUAGCGAUCGUCGUCAAAUCAAAAGACUGUGCUCCCGCUUGUUCUGUGGAGUCUGUGCUAGAUGCAGCAUCAGCAGCAUUGGCGUCGAUACUAUUGCUGGCCGGUGCUUUGUUGACGCUACCAGCAGCAGCAGCUUCCUUGUUGUUUUCAGAAAGAGCAGAAGAAACCGAUGCUUUCUCGCUCGUGGUGUCAAUGGGUAGACUAUGUGCCGAAAGCGCCAAGAUGGCUGCCGCCAAAGUCAACGUGAGUAGUAGACUGGUGCGCAUGGGAGAAGGUUAUAUACGGAAUAGAAAUUUGGUUCGCAGUAAGCUUCUACUGGGGCCCGUAGAAAAGAAUGAGUGGUUCAUCCGGAAGUCCACGUAUUUUAUAUACCAUUUUGCCAUCAGUGUGGUUUGUGGCUUCUCUUUUUUUUCUCUUUUUUUCUUUUUACAAUGUAUACGCAGCUGCAGUGAACCCCCUUUGCUCCGUCACCUUGUUUUCUCCUGCUUCCGUCGAGGCGAGAAUCAUUCCGUAUGGUAUGAGCUUAAAAGAACAUUAUAUCUUGGUUGUGUAGCUUUCGGGAAGGAAAACAGAUCUGCAUUAGCGAUCGAUGUCUACGUCAAUAACAAUAAUUGCAGCGAGAUAAAACAGCCGCCAUCUUGUUCAUCAUCAUCAUCAUCAUCAUCUGUAUUAUCAAGAAAACUACAACAGCAACAAAAGCACAAGAAGAAACACAAAAGAAAGCCGAUAAUGUUCACAAUAACAAGUAUUAAUCAUCAUGUGUGACCUGAAAAAACCCAGCCAUCCUCACUGGGCAAUUCCAGUGAGUGGAGGGGAAAACAGCAGAUUGAGCAAUGCAAACAUCCAGAGAAAUCUUUUAAGUGGCUGAACAGUAUAUAAUACAAUCUGAGCAGACGCACGGACUAUAUAUAAUGCAGAACGGCAACGCCCAUCAAAGAGCGAACAAAAAAACAGUUACCUCAAACAUUUUUAAAGAGCGAUAACCUGCUGAAACAGACAACAUUUAUCACUGAUAGAAUUAUUUUCGGUACAUAGUCCAUUA